AUGGUUGAAUCUACUUUGAUAUAUAGAUACGAUGCACUUCCUUUGUGUGGAUCGGUUGAUGAUGACGAUAGCACCAACUCGCAAGCAUUACUAGAACAAAAGAAGAAAUGUAAAAUCCUAAUCAGCAGGAUCACUCCGAACUCAGAGCCUCAAGCUACUAUCGAAUCGGGGGAGUUCAACAUUCAUUAUUUGAUCUCCCAGGGGAUUAUAUAUCUAUGCAUAUGUAAGAAGUCAUACCCACGGAAGCUUGCAUUUUCAUAUUUAAACGAAAUAGCACAUGAGUUUUACAAUAGUCACGGUCAAGAGGCACUAAGUCCAACUGCUAGACCAUUUGGGUUUACUUCAUUUGAUAAUUUCUUGCACAAGACUAAAAAAAUAUACCAAGAUCAAAGAGCCCAAUCCAAUUUGGAUAAGUUGAAUGAUGAUCUAGCUGACGUAAAAAAAGUUAUGACUAAAAAUAUCGAGGAUUUAUUGUACAGAGGAGAUUCUUUGGAUAAAAUGAGCGAUUUGUCAAGCUCUUUAAAGCAGGAUUCUCUCAAGUAUAGAAGACGGGCUCAGAGAAUUAACUUGGAAGCAUUGAUUAAGCAGUAUAUUCCAAUUGUUGGGGUUGGAUUAAUUUUCGUUUUCAUUUGUUAUUACCUAUUAAGAAGAUAG